ACCAAACUUCACGUGAGUUUAUAUUCGUCUCGCGAUAUUUUACGGCGCUUCCUGACUCCAGGAAACAUGGCAGACCAGCACGGACGCAAAUGGGACCGGUGCGUUGCUGACACCGCCAUUAAAACAGCGACUGGCCUUGGUGUGGGCCUCGUGUUCUCCCUCCUCUUCUUUAAACGUCGCACAUGGCCGCUCUUCUUCGGUUCGGGUUUGGGGCUGGGUAUGGGUUACGCCAACUGCCAGCAUGACUUCAGGUCACCAUAUCUGGUUCAUGGCCGCAUUGUUAAGGUGAUCUCGUCUUUAAAAAAAACUUUUUAGGUUGUUGAAGACACACCAUGAUACGCUGUGUUAAUUUUUUAGGAGCAGUAAUGAAGACGAGGAGGAUUUUCCCAAAGAUCUACCCGUGUUGUUUUGCUGCUCAUUUCUGUCUCGGAUACUUAAUAAAGUUGUUUGUGAAGAA